UUGCUCUUAGGUGAUUUUCAUCGUUGGAGACCUUGCAUUACACAGAACUCCAUAUAGGUAUCUCCAGUCAGAAAACAUCUUCAGAAGAAGCCUUCAGACUUCACCACCAGAAAGGCAGAGGUCCACUUUAGAGGUCACAUCAUCCUUCUUCCUGUGAAAAUAAUAUGAACCAGAAAGUGUUAGUUUUCCUUCUGCCAAAUUUUAUUUUUGGGAUAUUUCUUUUUGGGUUGUUCUGUAAAAGACAGAAAAACCUAACAGGUAUGUUUCUUAAUCCCACUGAAGACUGGCUGGCAGUUCAAAAUGAUCGCAAAAGCACACUGGCUUCUUUCUGCCAGAAGAACAACCUUCUGAAAUUAAGAAGCAAAUUGGAUUCUCGUGUUGCAAACCAGCUCUUUGUGGAGCACAAACAUAAGUUUAUCUACUGUGAGGUGCCCAAGGUAGGCUGCUCCAACUGGAAGAGAACUAUUUUUCUUCUUCAAGCAGACUUGAAUGCAGAAGCUUCUGAAAUUGAGCAUGACCACAUCCACCAAACCUCACUGAUCAAAAAGCUGGUGAGUUACCCUCCUGCCAUGCAAAAGGAAUUUCUGAACAAUUACACCAAAGUGAUGUUCACCAGACAUCCCUUGGAACGGCUGGUUUCAGCUUACAGAGACAAACUUCUGCACUCUGAGCCAUUCUACAGUAUCACUGUCGCUAACAGGAUCAGGGCAAUGUUCAGGAGAAACAAAAAUUCUUCUGAAAAAGUGAGUUUCCAGGAGUUUGUCAACUUCAUUAUAGCAAAGCCACCAAAUUCUCUUGACAUUCACUGGAGACCGAUGUUUCUGCUCUGUGAUCCUUGCAACAUUCACUAUGAUAUUCUGGGUAAGUACGAAACUCUUGUGUUAGAUUCUGAGCAUGUCCUGAAGGUCAUUGGAGCACCAGAGAGCCUGCACUUCCCCAGCUUGAAGAGGUAUGGCUCAGAGAAACGAACUAAUGGUGAUAUCACCUUGGAGUAUCUCAGGCAAUUGAACUCCAAGCAAAUUGAGAAGAUAAUAAAACUGUAUCAAAUGGAUUUUUUCUUGUUCAACUACACUAUGAAAUACGAGGAAUAUUUUUCCCUGAACAACUAACUAAUGGAGGUUAAAGAAAGAACAGUUUCCUUUGUACAAAAUAGCCUGAACUUGUCCUCACAGGUGUUUGAUAGGUGGGUUGGUGACUGACUGCUGCUAAGGUUUUACUGGUGUUUGGAGACACUGUUUAUCAUCCUAAGCACUCUUAGAACAAAUCCCUGCCUUGAGCUGUUGUACUGUGCAGUACUUUGCCUAUAUGAAAUUAUUGUCUACCU